AUGGAUGCAGUAAUUCGUAUGAGGUACUUGAAGAUGGCUCUUGGCAGAGGCCUGGUUUUCUCCAAGAUUGGUAAUUUGAUUGUUGAAAGUUACUUAGAGAAGCAAGAAACAAAAAGUGGUGGGUCAAGUGCUGAAGUUGAGUUUUGUGAUCUGACUGGUGAUAUCUCGGGUCUUGCUAAAAUGUCUUUUGAAGACAAAGAUCUGACUGGUGAUAUCUUGGGUCUUGGUCCAUUCGAGCUCGAGGCCUUGCAGGAUUGGGAAUACAAGUUCAUGAGCAAGUAUGUCAAGGUUGGAUCCAUUAAGAGCACAGCUCUGGGAACUGAAGGAGAAUCCACUGGUGAAACCGCUAAAGCCGCUGAUCAAGAACCAUUGGAACUCGACGUUGAAGCGGAAGUUCUCGGCUCUCUAGCCGAACGAAGACGGCAUGGCGAUCGACGAAGGUUUAUUUCGUCCGGAGAAGAAAACUACGACGGCGGCGGUGUCGUUUUCUGGUCUCUGUUACAGUCCGGGGAGCCCGUCCGGAUCCGACGUCAGCGAGUCUGACGUUCCCGCCACCUCAUCCUCUCAAGUAUUCCGGCUCGUGG